CUUCCGAAACUGUUCAUACUUUUUAUAUAUAUAUAUACAUUACUCUAUCGUUAAUUCAGUGAUAAAUUCUACAUUUUUUUUUAUAUAUAAACAUUUGUAUUUUUGGCAAGACAAUUUGGUGAUUUCAAAAUUACAAUUCGCACACACACUUUUUUAUUAUUUUUUUUUCGUUCGAUACAUCUUGUGGUACACGUCAGAAACCGCCCACACAAACUACCAUUUCGCACAUUAUUUUUUCUAUUCCGGCUGGGACAUUUUUUGUUUAGCUGCGCUUCACCCGACCGGUGCGUUAUGCAACCAACGCUGCAUCGACCAGUCUACCUGAAGGGCCAGAAAAUGCUGGAAGCUCCUAUACCUAUGAGGCCGCCUGUGCAGCCACCUCCGAGUCCUCCACCUCAAAUGCCAACACCUUCACCUUCUACAAUCAAUGAUGAAGAUGAGAGCGAAGAACCGGAAGUGCAUUUGCCCAUGUUGAUUAGCAAUUUAGGAAAUAAAAUUGUUAUUCCUCAUUCCGCUACGAGGGAUGUUUUGGCUGGAAGGGUGUCAUACUAUUUAGUGGAUGAGACCGGGGUAGGGCUCUUCAAGCCUAAGCAUAUGUUUGCCGCCUUGAAGUUGGACAGCGAGAAAAUACAUCACUACGAAGAUUAUCCAUGCGUGGGAGCUCACCAAUGGACGUUGGAAAAGAAGGCGCCGAAGAGGCGCGGGUUGGGCUACAGGAGGACAUAUAUUUCUGACUUUAUGAUUACCAGAGGCAUAUAUGGCUAAGAUCGAUGUCAUGGUUAUUGUGGACGAUUAAAUCCUUCUCUCCUGGGCUUUCUUAUAUAUCAAUAAACAUAUGUUAUUAUAUUG